AAUUUGGAAAUGAACUUUGCUGAGUAUGUUUUACAUGCAGGAAAAGUCACCCCUGGGAAUGAGCAAAGGAGUGGAAUGAACCCCAAACUGCAGAAGAAACAGAAUGAAAGCAUUGUGCAUGCAAUAUGUGCUCUGCUGAAUUCCGGAGGGGGAGUGGUCAAGGCUGAGACUGAGAACAAAGACUGUAAUUAUGACAGGCAUGGAGUAGGAUUGUAUCUGCCUUCAACUUUCAAAGGCUAUUUAGAUGAGAUGCACCAGGGAGAUCUCUUUUUGAUUUUUGUGAAAUCACGGAUGCUAGAGGUCUCUGGUAUAUGAUUUGCUUACCUGUGCUCCUCUUUGUGCCACAGACACAGAACAUGUACUAAUGUCAUGAAUUCUCAGGAAGCACUGGCAUUCCCCAAAGGGAGGAUUCAGACUCUUACAAAUAUUAAUGAUUCCAAUUCAUUAAGUCCACAGAAAUUUCAGGUUCGUGUACAAAAUGAAGGUAACAUAAAGGCUUCAGCUGCUGCUUUAUUUGAUAGCACUCACCACCUUCAGUACCAGGAAAAGCUCAACUUUACUAAGUCCACGAGCGUUGAAUUUAAGAUGUUCUCAACAGAGAUGACACAAUGUUUACCCAAGUGUGUUUCUGCAUUUGCAUACACUGAGGGAGGGUUUUUUGGCCUGCAUGAUGAGACCCAUCAAGCCCCUGGAUGUGAAAAAGAGAAAACAGAUCUUGCCACCUUGAGGGCUUCUACUGAUUGUUAUAUUAGGAAGUUACCAGUCCAUCAUUUCUGUACACAGAGGCAUGAGAUAAAAUACGCCUCCAAAUUUGUUGCAGUACACAAGCAGGGGGCCCUCCAUGUAUAUGUCUGUGCAGUCAGCAUGGAACGAUUCUGCUGUGCAGUGUUUGCCAAAGUGCAUAAUUCCUGGCGGGUGAAGGACAAUCGUUCAGUCACAGAGGUCCUGGAGGCAGAGUAUGGUGAGAGGCGGAUCGUGGCCUUCCCCCCAGGGCCCUCCAGGUCCUCCAGCCUCAGGACUGGCAGCUUGUAUCUCCCACAAGUGUCCGAGGCUAAUAAACUCAGCUUACCACUACUCUGCCGCACGCUCAAGUCUUUCUGCAACGAGACAAAAGAACCUGAGCUUCAGUUUAAGUCCUGA